UCUCUUCUGUACACCACCGGUGACAUUCAUACCGCACUCCCAAUACCGCCAGCAAAUGCAUAUCGAAACAAAUACCUCCAACAUAUUUUCCUUUACUGUUCAGCACCAGAUGCUCACCGCGAAGAAUCACCAGGAUCAUCGAAAUUACCGUUCUCAAAUCCGGGUCGACGCUGAGCGUCGUCGAGGGGCACCAUGAAGCCAGCACCCGCCCUGACGACCGUUCGCGGAUUCCAUACCCCUCUGCAUAGAUCAGAAGACGAAGAUUCGGACUACGGAACGAAUACUCCAUCUCGACGACAUAAGAUCAAUGAUGUUGUCAGCGCGAACUCUAGUCCGAUGCUGCGAGGAGCCUCUUCUCCAGGAAUGAGCGGCAUCAGCAGUGGCAUCAAGAAGCUGCAAAAGCUUCAAUUGGAUACUCUCAAUCUCGACAGCGAUUCGCGAAACAGCUCGUUCGUGCGCAGCAGAAGCCAGCUCAGGUCGCAACCACAAAGCAGUACGGGAACCUGUACCUCCGACGGUUUCAGCGACGAUGAAACUUCCGACAUCACCAGCUACGAAGUCCCCCUCGAAAACGAUUUUGUGAGCGAGAGCGUGGUUGAGAAGCCCCUAUUCGGCGCGAUCGAGGGUGGACUGGUCCAAGAUACACUCGCGCGAAAGAUGACUGCCUCCGACUUCGACCCUCUUCGAUGCCUGGGAAAGGGAACAUUCGGAACUGUUCUCUUGGUCAAGCAACAAGCAACAGGGCGUCUCUACGCGCAGAAACAAUUCAAGAAAGCCUCCUUAACCGUGCACAAGCGCCUCAUCGAACAAACCAAGACCGAGCGCUCGAUCCUCGAAAGCGUAAAUCGUCACCCAUUCGUUGUCAAAUUGUUUUACGCGUUCCAAGAUCACGAGAAAUUAUAUCUGAUAUUGGAAUAUGCACAAGGAGGAGAGCUCUUCACACAUCUCGCGCAGGAGCGUAUGUUCACCGAGGAAAUCGCGUCGUUUUACAUGGCCGAGAUGGUCUUGGCGCUGGAGCACCUUCAUCGCAACUUGGGCGUCAUUUAUCGCGACCUGAAGCCCGAGAACUGCUUGCUGGAUGCCGACGGACAUCUGCUACUGACCGACUUCGGGCUUUCAAAAGUAGCGGUAGACGAGAACGACAGAUGCAACAGCGUUCUUGGCACAGUCGAAUAUAUGGCACCAGAAGUGAUACUGGGACAGAAGUAUGGCAUGGCGGUUGACUGGUGGUCUUUUGGCGCUCUUGGCUUCGAUCUGUUGACAGGAAACCCUCCCUUUCAAGGACAGAAUCAUGCCAAGAUCCAAGAGAGGAUCGUCAAGCAGAAACUGGUCAUGCCCUACUUCUUGGGUCCUGAUGCGAAAGAUCUUCUCACUCGACUGUUGCGCAAGGAACCAAACAAGCGACUCGGCUCCAAUAUGCCGAAGGAUAUGCUGACCAUCAAGAAGCAUCGAUUCUUUCGUAAGAUUGACUGGAGAAAGCUUGCAAAGAGAGAGAUCGAGCCGCCGAUUCAGCCCUUGAUCACUGAUCCGGAGCUUGCAGAGAAUUUCUCUGCUGAUUUUACGGAAUUGGCUCUCAGCCCUGUGUUGACUAGUUCCAAAGCGCCAUGGAGUUCCACGAGUGCGAAUGAGAAUAAUCCUUUUGGUGGUUUCAGCUUUGUUGCCAGUUCGAGCAUGUUGGAGGGGAACGGGUUCGCCGACGCCGGUUUGCUAGUAUAGACAGAUUUUCAUAACGGUUCUGGAAAUGAACCUGGUAUAGGGUUAUAGGAUACAGGAGAUUCGUACACGGUGGAGAGUAAUAUGGUGCAUACCUCUUCAGCCGUUGUGUCAGGCAUUGGAGAAGAUCAUAAUGCGUGAUCCAGAGUGGGUCAUUAGAGUUUAUAGCAAAUUAUGUUUCCUUGAG